AUGCAAGAAUUGAAGGCUCAGUUGCAAGAACUCCUUGAUAAGGGUUAUAUCCGGCCAAGUGCAUCGCCUUGGGGAGCUCCAGUGUUGUUUGUAAAGAAGAAGGACGGGAGUAUGAGAAUAGACGACUUGUUUGAUCAACUUCGUGGCGCGGGAGUGUUUUCCAAAGUUGACUUGAGGUCAGGGUACCAUCAGAUAAGAGUAGCGGACAAGGAUAUCCCGAAGACUGCGUUUCGGACUCGGUACGGUCAUUACGAGUUUACAGUUAUGCCUUUCGGUUUGACCAAUGCACCUGCAAUUUUCAUGGAUCUGAUGAACAGAGUGUUCAAACCCCACCUCGACGAUUUUGUGAUCGUGUUCAUCGACGAUAUCUUGGUUUAUUCAAAAGAUAAGGAGGAACAUGGUGGGCACCUCCGGACGGUACUUCAGAUCUUGCGGGAAAAGCAGUUGUAUGCCAAGUUUUCUAAGUGCGAGUUUUGGAAAGACAGUGUGACGUUUCUAGGCCACGUGAUUGAAAGUAGAGGAAUCUCUGUGGAUCCAGACAAGAUAUGA